AUGGUCACCCUGGAGAGCGUCGCCGGUGAAGCGGCCACUCACCAGCCGAACUUUUCGGACAAUGAGGCACCGUCGCCGUCGAAUUGCCGAAGGACUGCCGGUACCGUAACCUCAAUGGCGGGAACCGUAUGUCAACCGGCCGCCACAACGACCACUGCUCAGCUACACCAUCCGAAGCCGACAAUUACGAAUCCUCUCACCGAGCACACCUAUCGAAGUAACGCCAGGAGCGCGUUUGGCGGCCGUAGCGGCGGAAAGAAUUUGCCCGCCCAAUUUGCCGGCGGGUCGAAUUUACCCGCCCAAUUUGGCAGCGGCGGCGGCGGGAAAAAUUUGUCCGCCCUUCAGUUAGCAUCCAAAAGUAGCAGUAAUUUGUGUAUUAAUGAUAGUAGUGGUGCUGCCACUGGGUUGUUGAUGAAGCCAAAAAUUUCACGCUCAGUGAGUAUAAAUAACUAUGAUGGUACUAAUGAUAAUGAUAAUAAUAAAUUUAAUAUGAGCAACUCCUAUACGUAUAGUAGUAAUAGCGCUGCAGCAGCCGCAAGCCAUGGUAAUUUGAAUUUGGCGCCACAAAAUAAUUUCUGUGGGAAUUGGGCUGCGACAGGUGGAGGUGGAGGUGGAGGGGUUGGAGGAGGUGAGGGUAGCCAAUGGCGAAGACAGAGUAAAUUUGCGCGCAAGUACGAGCGAGAGGCCGCAGCGUUCGCCCGGGGUGUUGCGCACGAGGUGCCGACUCCGGCUCCGAGCCGGGCUCCGACACCGAGUAGGGCUCCGACUCCGGCCGGAGCAGCUCCGACCCCAACCCGGGGAACCCCUUCGCCGUCAUCGUUUAUGGCCACACCCGGACACGUAGUGCCCACCAUGUUGACACAGGCUCAAGCUCAAGCUCAAGCGCAGUGCCCACCUCAAGUAAUCAUCACAACGCCAAAUCAUGUCCUCUUAUAA